AUGGAAGGUUAUUGCCAGCAACUUAAACUGAAUAUAGACGACACACCGGUGCAGUACUUCUUAUGUGAAUGUUCCAAAUCUAAAAGUAGGGAAACUAAAGAAUGUCUUUUGAGUAUUUUUAGGAAUAAAAAUUGCUCUUGUCGCAAAGCAUUCGACAGAAAAUUAUUAUCCCCCGAAUAUUUAAAUCUAGAAAAUGGUUUUGUUAAGGAAAAUGCUACAUUUAUCAUUUCUGAUGAUCUUUAUGUGAUGCCUAAUGUUUUUGGGGCAAGUUUACUACUACUCCAAAAGCUUGAAGUAGAUACCUUAGAUGCUAUUGAGGAAAAAACCGUUGAUAUCAAUAAAAAAGAGGUAGUUGAUCUUCUGAAGUUGUCAUUACUCUCAAAGGCUCCUUUAUCUGAUUUUGUUUUGAAGAUCCAAUCAAUUGACAAUUUUAACAUAAGGAGCAAUUUGGAUUUUCUGAUUGGAGAGCUACCAUCAGAUGAGGGUAGGAAAAUGUCUGUGAAAGUUACCUUAAGAAAAUCAAAUGAACAAAUUUUGUUUGUUGAAGCAGAAGAUGAUUUUGUUGACUUUGUUUUUAGUUUUCUAACCUUUCCCUUGGGAGGAGUGUUGCAUAUGCUUCAAGGAUUCACUUCUCUUAGAUGCAUUGAUAAUUUAUACAAAAGCAUGACCGAGUUGAGUUCUGAAAGAUAUUUAUUCUCAACGAGAAUCAAAGACAAACUAUCCAAGCCUCAAUGUUUCCCUCAAUUCGAGCUUAACGACCAAAUAUUACCAAUUGGUUCAUCAUCCUUACCCAAUUAUUUUUUUGUUACUUACAUUAAUGAUAUUGCAUAUUCUACUGAUCUUACAAAAGAAAUGUUGGAUUGCAAGUAUAAUCCCAAAAUGGAGCACAUUUUUCCAGAUUAUGUACCAUAUAAAUUUGUUGAUCUUAAGUCCUCUACCGAAAAAUCAACAUUUGCGAAAGGACCCUUAAUUUACAUGGUGACGGACGACUUGUGUGUGACUCCAAUGUCGUCCAUAUCUACAAUGUCAUAUUUAAGAAGAGCAAAAGUCCCACUGUCUGAUUUGGAGGAAAGAGUCAUCAAAAUUGGUGUGAAAGAGGGUCUCAGCAUACUAAAAGCGUCAUUGAUCUCAACAUCUGCUUUGCAAUAUGGUCUGAAGCAAUUUAUAAGAACUAUUAAGGUGGAGAAAUGA